AUGACCGUGACUUUGCAGGACAUGUCGAUGAUACUUGCACUCCCCAUUGAGGGGAAGCCACUAUGUAUCGACACAUCUUGUGAAGACUGGCGUGGCAAGAUGUUUGACCUUAUUGGCAAGGCUCCUGAUGAGAUUGUAAACAAGAGGGGUGAGAAAUUAAGGGUCUCCGCCGGGGCUACUUUCACUUGGAUCUCACAGAACUUCAAGACAUGCCCGGAGGGAGCUAGCCGUGAUCUGAUUAAGCUAUACGCACGUGUGUAUGUGUGGUAUGUUAUCACGAGAACUCUAUUUCCUGACUGCAGUGGGAAUACCGCUCAGUGGCACUGGUUGAAGGCGUUAACCAAAAUGGAGACUAAAUGGAGUUGGGGUUCGGCGGCAUUGGCCUUCUUGUACCGCCAGUUGGACGAAGCUUGUUGCAGGAUCAGUAAGGACGCUUGCAUUGGUGGUCCGUUGCUUCUUCUAUCGAUUUGGAGCUGGGAGCGCUUCCCUGUCGGAAGGCCUCGUGUUCUCGAUUACAAGAAUUACAAUGAUCACGGCAACCAGUUGCGGCGACCCACUUGGGCUUAUCAGUGGGACAUUGUCUCCGAGUUCAGUGGCGACCCAAUAGCGGCCUAUCAGACGUACACCAACGAGAUUGAGUUUCUUGUUAGCAAGCAAUCUGUUGUACAAGUUUGCGAAACGUCGGUCCGUGUAAGCUAG